AUGAUCCGCUAUCACAGUUAUCGAGUAGUACGCGGAUAUAAUACCGGUCUAUUACUUGACAGACACCCCAAUGGCCUGGAAGUAUAUAUAAAAAACCAUGGGAUGGUCGGCAAGGUCGCUUUCAAGACAGCACUUGAGUCUGUUAUCAGUCAUCUACAUGGGCUGGGCUGGGCGCAUAAUGACAUCAAGCCAUCCAAUAUCCUGGUUAGUGAGAUCGGCAAGCCGAUUCUGAUUGAUUGA